AUGAGAUCGCAAAACCAAGAGAUAAUCCAUCUACGUGUCGACGAAACAGUCUUCACCACGACUCGACACACGCUUUGCACAGAAAGCUCAUACUUCCAGUCCCUGCUGUCUGACAGAAAGCAGCAGCUCACAGAUGGGACUCACUUUGUCGACGCGGACCCCGAACUGUUCGCACACAUCCUCCGAUACCUCCGGCACGCUGAUCUCCAGAUUGAGGGACUGGCGAAAUGGCUUCACGGCAAGCAUUACGAAUCUGCGAUUGAGUGCUCUGUGCCAUUCGAGCCAGUGAUGAAUCUCAACUAUGUUGGGCCCACCAAUCUGUCAAGGCCAUACCUACCGACAGAUGAUGUCGACUUUCUUGUCGCAUCAACCAGCAGCGACAAUGGUAUGGUGUGGGAAGUCAAGAAGAAUUUCACGGUCAGGCCAGAGGCUAUCCUUAGGGAUCAUGCGUAG